UUUCAGAAACUUUGCCGUUUCCACACGUGUUGACAUUUAAUGUCUCAAUCUACAUCAUCGAACAGUUCCCAGUCAGAGUUUGAAUAUCUCUCUUGCGAAGAAUCCAAUGUCUCCCAAAACCCGGAAGAGAUCGAUGAAGACACUAUAGAAGAAAAGCCAGAAAGUGACUCGGUUACAAAAGGGAACUCGGAGCAAGUUGAGCAUGGCUCAGAAAGUGUUAUCAAAAUUGUUCAAAGCAAAGCUUCAGAGACUGUUGCCGUGGCUCAGGAUUAUUCAAACUCCGAAGAGAAACAAGACAAUCGUCAAGUGAUUCUGUCUUCAAAAGACUGGUCUACUCUUCUGGGCCGACUAAAAGAUGGCGGGCUAGACGUGCCCAGGCUUCUGGAGGGUUUGAAUAUUCGCAAUGAGGAAAUUGAAACUAACAAGCUCCCGGAUUUUGAAAUAAAAAAUGAAGAAGCCUACAUUUUGGGGCGUCGUUUGGUUAUUGGCACGGGAACUGACAAUAUUGCUCAAAAUGCACAAGUGGCUCAAAACUUAUCAAGACCGUAUAGUAAUCAAAAUGGACAUCAGCCAUUGUCCAGUGGUUUCUUUUUCAAUUCCUCUCCUGGCAGACAACAUCAGCCCCAAGGUGCAUCUAACGCCGGAUAUGACAACGGGAGCCGCCACUGUAGAGGGCAAGAUAGUUUCCGAUCUGGACGUGAUGACGCCGCCAGAGAUCAAAGAGAGUUCUUGAGCCGUUCCAUGAGAAGCAGCGGAAGUCAACGUCAGGACCAAGGAUUCCAGUCGGAACGUGAUGAAGCUCGCGAUCGUUACAUUGAACGAUUUACAGAUUUAUCGAGUAAUGAAUCUACCUGGAUGGAAAACAGCAGAAAUCAGAGCUUCAAUCAAAAUGGAGGCUUCCGUACGAGACAUGAGGAAGACCGCAGCGGAUCCAAUCAUGGUCAUUCAAAUCGGGAUAGCAAAGCGCGAAGAGGUCAAGACAGUGGGUUCAAUCACCGUAGAAAUGUGGAUUCAGACGGCUAUAAUGGAGGACAGAAUCGCGACUACUUUGAUGAUGGCUUUUCAAACCGUACACCAAACAACUACCAAGAUCAGCGUGGACCCCAAACGGAAAAAUUCCAAUCCAAAUUUCUUAACUGCAGCAAUCACAAUGAUGAACACUCAAACAUCGAUGAAAGUGAGAGUUCAUAUCAAAAAAAUAGAGACCGAAGCGGUUACAGUAAUGAUGGUCCACAUUUCAAUAGAGCUGUCCCAAGAUGCCCACCACACGAUGUCUCAAUGUCCCAUGGUUACAAGCAGGGAUAUCAAUCAGACGAGACAUUUGACAAUGAUGCAGAAUCAACCAGUGAAUUCUCUUUCUUGUACGAGCGCAAAAAUCAACACGGCUUCCGAGGUGAAGGAUCUGGUUUUCAACGUGACUCCACCCGCAGACAUCGCCUGAGGUCCAGAUCGCCGACAGACAACAAGCCGAUUCGGUGGAUUUGCAAGCCGCAGUUCCAAAGCAGAACGGUGAUUCGUCCGUGCCAAUACUGCAAAAAGCUGCACCGAGCAGACGAGUGCCACGUUGUGCCAGACGUGGAUUCGAGAGAAAAAUUUGUCAAGGAGAACGAUCUCUGCGACAAAUGUCUGGGAAAGCACUCGUCGCGAGAUUGUGAGAAGCAGAGGAAUACCUGCAGAUAUUGCAAGAAAAUGGAGUUUGAAGAAACCGAGUUUCAUCAUUACUCCCUGUGUCCCUUUGCCAAGAUGAAGUUACGUCUGUAGAUUUGCCGACUAUGACUACGACUAUUCAUAUUUUCAAUCAUUCCGUUGAGCUUUUUUCUCCACUUAACUGUGAAAAUCUUGCCCCACGUCAGAUCUUGUUAGAUCUCAAAAUGUUUUUGUCCAAAUCUUCUAGUUUCCCGAACCUUACAAAUUACCAAAUCGUGUACAUUUUCGAUGUGUUUUCUUGAAAAAUAAAUUUCCUGUGUUUAAAAUACAA